AUGCGAGGGAUGGUGAAGAGGACGUUAGCUGCGGGCCUUGUCCUUGUCUGCCGGUAUCGGGUCUGGACGGAAGGAGUCGACGCAGCCCUGCAGUCGGCGGAUACUUCCUACACGCGAGGCUACAGUCUCGUUCAACCGGAGCAUCUGGUGGCGUACUAUCCUCUCGAUGGCGACGCUGGGAACGCGGCUGCGCUGUCUUCUGGCAGCGACGCGCUAGACGCUGAUAAUCAUGGCGGGGUUUCUACAAGCGAAGCCGUAGCAGGCUUGGCGCACUAUUGCAGUGGACACGACUACCUCGACGUACCAGGCUUGGAUGUCAGCCCGCGAGCGUUCCCGCAGCUCACGAUCGGCGCUUGGGUGAAGGUCUUGGCCUUUGACACAUCUAGCUCACCCUCCGGGGCUGGUUGGGGUUCUUCUCGGUAUCUCUUCGCGGAGACCGAUAGCGACGAAGAUGGCGGCGAGAGUAUAGCCCGCCGUUUCGUAGCCCUCGACUUCCGCGGCAACAGCGAGGCAGUACAGCAGCAGACCGCGUCCAGCAGGAAACCAGGGUGGGCUUUGGGCACGGGGUACGACGGCAACGGAGCGCUGGGUCUCGGACAGCCGGCGGAGCUGUCAAGGUGGGCGUUUGUAGCGGCGGUCUACAACCAAGAGGCCGGAAACGCCACCCUGUACGUCGACGGCGUUGCCGCCAUGGCGCAGACAUCGGUUCCGGAGGGAGGGGUUUUCUCAAGAAAACAAUCGGGAGACAACACCAAUGUUACAGCCGCUGCUGUUACUCCUUUCUCGACAGCAUUGCGCAUUGGAGCGGGUCCUAGGGCGGUGGCGGCGGGAGACGGCAGCACUGGUUUGAUAGGGUUCGUGGACGAAGUGUUCGUGUACGGGACGGCUCUGAGUGUGGACGAGCUGGAUUACCUCUACCGUGCGGCACAGGCUCCUCUUCCACCGUCUGCUGGAGGGGCCGGGUACGCCCUGAGGUUACAAGGGCAGCAAUGCCUGGAUGUUAACCUCGCCGGCCUCGAGGAAUCCGAGGAGCUGGCAAUGGGCGUGUGGCUAAACCCAUCACAGGUUUUGGAGCGCGAGUCGGGCUUACUCGACUGGCGGACACCGGGCGGCACCGCUUUCUACGUCACCUUCUCGCACGAUGUGUCCGCUCGAAAAACUACCGUACGGCUAAGGCUUGGGGAUGCCUUGGACUGGAGUGCGUCGUGCCCGUAUCUAGAGCCAGGGGCAUGGAGCCAUGUUCAAGUGCAGUGGAACGCCUCUCACGCACAAUCCUAUGUCAAUUCCUCCCUCUGCGGGAGCGUGGAAUCGGGUUACGAUGUCGUGGGCGGAACUGGCUGGGGAAGCGGUGGCAUGGGUAACGUCACCAUAGACCCAACUGUAGGCGAAUCUUCAGGGAGCACGGACGGCUUGCUGGUAGGGGCGUGGCGGGGAGCGCCGGAUGGGGUCGGCGCAGGUCGCUUGGGGGGCUACUACACAGGGCUCCUGGACAAUCUCGAGAUAUGGUCCUCGGCGGAGGGGUACAGAGCCCGUGACCCACGCGUCCCGACCACGGGGUCCGAGCCAGGUCUAGUCUCCCUCUGGACGUUCGACGAAGGCAGAGGCACGGUGACCGUCGACUCGGCAUCAUGGCGUUCCCCGCAGCGAGGAGGCAUCGCCCGGCUCGGCGUGAUCACGCCCGCGGCCGCCGCAGCGGCUCCAGCCAUGCUCCAAGAAACUCUCUCUCGGGAAGAGCUGCCCGGGCGCCCAGACGCGCCAGCGGCGACGUGGAGCGUCUCGACGGCCCCCGUCGGCGUUCUCUCGCGGUCCUCCGACGGCCGCCCGUUCUCCGUCCGGGUCCGCGGCACCGACGCGCACGCGCGCUGGCCGCUGCAGGCCGUGCUGACUCGAGUCCCGGCCGGCGGGACCCUGUCGGUGGCCACCACCACCCCCGUGGGCGAAUCGACCGGUGGUGUCGCGGGGGAGGCGGCGGCGCUUUCAGCAGGCGAUGUUGUACCGGUGGGUGCAAGGCUCGUGUAUCGGCCGGACGCGGGGGCACACGACCCUUGGCUGGGGGGGGAAGUCGGAGAGUACGGGGGUGGUAGCGCCGUCGACUGGAGCGCGGAGGGGGAGCCGUACGACUGGUUCGGAUACCGUGUGGAGGCUGCUAAGGGAGGGGAGGUCUCGGAAAACGAGGCGAUUGUGUCGCUCAGCGUUCGGCCGUCCUUGAAUGCCGCGCAUCUGGACUGGCCGGUGAAGGACAUCACGCUGUACGACUACGAGAUCCAAGACGUGGACGCCUGGGAAGGCCAGGGCACCCCGCUCCGGGUAACCCUCGACGUGACCGAGGACUUCGGCACAGGCCCGCACGCCCCAACGGUAUCACUCUCGGACAGAAAUGGCCUGAGCUUCGCGGCCCUCGGGCGCGGCGACGGGUUGCGAGACUCGUCGACGGCCUUCGUGGCCGAUCUCGAUGACGCUAACGAAGCCAUCUCGGCCUUGACUCUCCACACCACCGCCGAUGACGGCGCAGUGUCCGCCUCCGGGGUCCUGUCGCUCGGAGUUUGUGAUUCGGGAGAGUGGAUGGCGGCGGAGGCCAGCGGUGGUGGCGGGCGGGCGGCGUGGUGGGACUGGGCAGAUGGGUGCCGGGAAGGGGGCUGGGCGGGGCAAAACUUGACGUACGGCUUUCGGAUGGGAACGAUGCCGGUUAUCGAAGGGGUGUGGCCGGCUGCUGCUCCGACAACCGGGGGACUGACCGUCGAGAUCCGUGGGACAAGCUUUGGCGUUUCCGACUACUCCUGCGUUUUUGGUGACUACUCGGCGGGCGUCACCGAAGCGAAACAUGCCGCCCCAGGCCUCCUCGAGUGCCUCAUACCCCCGGCCGCCAUCAACGAGACCAGCGGGUUCCCCAUCACCGGCCCGGCCUCCUUGCACGUAGUCAGCGCAGUGGGGUUCGCCAGCAACAGGCUGCGGUUCACGUUCUACACGCCGCCUACGCUCCUCGGCGUAGUCCCGGCCUUCGGGUCCAUGGAGGGAGGCACUCGCGUUGUCGCAACGGGGAUCGGUUUCGCAGACCUUGUGGGUGGCGUCGGCUGCUCGUUCGGCGGAGUGGAAACCCCGGGUAAAGUGUUGUCGGCAUCCGAGGUGGUGUGCACUUCCCCGGCAGCCGUCAUCGGGGGCGUUGGAGUCGGGAACGAAGACGAAGCGCUCCACUUUGUCCCGUUCCUUGUGACGUUAAACGGGCGGCACUACACUGGUGGGCAACAAUCUACGGACAUCCAAGUGGCAUUCGAGUACACUGACGUUCCGGUGGUUUCCUUCAUCUCGCCGAUCAGUGGCCCGCCUGAUGUCAACAGUGGCGGCGACGGAAGAAGCGAGGAUCGCAUGACGCCGUACCUAACGGCACGCGGAGCUCACUUUCGCGAGGGCACGGGUUUGGCCUGCCGGUUCGGGACCCUGCCGACAGCCGCGGUGUUUGUGUCGCCGUCGGAGGUUCGCUGCCUUAUCCCCCCCAUGUCAUCGGCCACAGGAGGCGCCCCGAAUGUUGCCGUUACCGCGAACGGCGUAGACUUUAGCCGGGAAGGCCCGCCAUCUGUCACGUUCACGUACGUCGCUCGGCCGACACUUGUGGGGAUAGCGCCGGACCUGGGCCCUUCAACUGGAGGCUCUACGAUAACCGUUAUUGGCGAAAAUUUCGACCCGGGCAUGAUAGAGUCGGUGCGACAAGCUUCGUUAAUAUGCCGCUUCGAAAUGGAGGAUGCCGGUGUUUCGGGCUUGAACGACGACGUAAGCCCAAGCGGCAAUCCCGCCCGAACCCUGGUUUUGGAAGUCGCCGCUACUGUGGAGUCUGACAGCACGGCAACGUGCGUAUCUCCUGCGGUAACCGGUUCUGUCACCACGGUGUCGGGGGGAGGGUACGCUGCUGUACGGGUAUCGGCAGAUGGUGGCUCAAGUUUUUCGACAUCGGAAUCGAGAUUCUUCUACUACCCCAACACGGAGGUAUUUUCGGUGACGCCGAUGACAGUACCCGCUUUCAAUGGUGGAGACAUCAUCGUCUCUGGCCAAGGGUUCCUGCCUGCUGGAGGGCUCCUCCUGUGUCUGUACGAAUCGGCUGCAGCCGUCUCGAUCUAUGAUGAUCCUUCGCGGGUGGCCGAAGACAAUCCUGUUGUCCAAACGGAGGGGGAAAACUACACCUUUACGACUGUUGCGGUGUGGUUGUCGUCCGAGCUGGUUCGGUGCAAGCUUCCCGCUCUAGACGUCGAGGCGGGGACGUCAUCGGCGCUCGCAGUACGUGUUGUCAACAACGGGGUAGACCCGUCACCCAGUGCUGCUCAACUCCUCGCCUAUACUUCCCCAGAACUAUCGAGCAUUGACCCGUCAUCAGGCCCACGCACCGGAGGAACGCCGGUCACACUGACGGUUGAUGGGUGGGGGAUACCCGCAACCGAUGUGGGCGUUGAGAUAAGCUGCCAGUGGGGAGGGAACGUUUCAACGGAAGGGGUGCUAUCUUCCGUCGCUGACGAUGCACAAGCAGCGAACCACCGUGUUUACGUUUCUUGCGCGUCGCCCUUGGCGUCCACGGCAUUGCCAGCAAGCAGUAGUCAAGAAAUCGUCGCCUCCAGCGACACCAGCAUCUUAGAGGUUACGCUGCUGGUCGACGGUCAGGCGGUCAGCGACAGCGGCGCAGGACUCCCUUUCACGUUCUACGAUACGCCCAUCAUCCUCGAUGCGUCGCCAACCGCUGGCGGGAAGCUUGGAGGCACAGACGUGGUCAUAAAGGGCUCUGGCUUUACGUUCGGUACGCCGGGAAACGCGGGUUCUGGCCAGACGGUGUGCAAAUUUGGGGAGUACUCCACGGUGUCUGCGGCUGUGGUGUCUGAUGCGGAGCUGCGAUGUCGAUCUCCACCUUUUGUUGGCGAUAACUUUUCGUCGCCCGCAGGGGAAUCCGUGGAUGUGAAGAUCUCCAUGAACGGCGGCGUGGACUACUCCUGGUCUCCCUCGGUAUCCUUCCAAGUUUUACCGAUUGCCAGCACCACCGGGGUAUACCCCGAGAGCGUACCGCUAGCGUGGGAAUCCGAGAUAGCUGUGUCGGGCACCGGAUUCUCGCCGUCCGGGCUGCUGUCAUGCGUGUUUCGUCGAGGCGACACAGCUACCAAUCAAUCGGCUGCCACCUCUGCCGGCAGCGUCGAAAGCCUUGUUCUAUGGACUUCGCCAGCGCGGUUUUUGUCAACAGAAGCAGUCAUGUGCACGACUGCAUCCGUCGUAGAAGGAAUGACCUCCUCAGCAUUUACACCGCUUCCGGGGGAAAAUGCGCCGCCGAUAAUCCAAGUCGGGGUGUCGAACAAUGGCGUGGACACGGAUGGAUCUUGGGCGGAUUUGGCACUGUCUGACGCCCCCAUCUUGGUGAGCGCUACUCCUUCGGCUGGCCCGAAGUCGGGUUGCACAACGGUCACGGUUGUUGGUCAAGGGUUCCUCAACUCGUCGGACCUUUCGUGCGCGUUCGGGACAACCUCCUCACCCGGAAUGUUUUUUGACGCGGGCAAAGUUCUCUGCCGGACACCGAAGCUGGAGGACAGCGUCGUUGCGGAAGGUGGCGACGCCGCACCGGUAACGGUGGCGCUUAGGGUUAGCAACAACGGUGUGAGCUACUCAAGCGCGGAACUCGAGUUCUUGUACGUCUCGGAGGCGACGGUUUCCGCCGUUUCCCCCAGCGUGGUCAGCACAGAGGACGUUGCGAGUGGUAGCGCGGUCGUGUCCAUUUCGGGGACCGGAUUCGCGCAGUACUUGGAGGAACCCGGAGGCGAUGACGGCACUCGCGGAAGAAGUUUGCUGGCGACGAAUACCACGUGCAGAUUUUCUGGCAUCGGCGAUUCCUUGGCUGUGUUGGUUCGCCCCACCAUGAUUACAUGCGGGCUCCCCGCCGUUAACGCUACCCCGGGUGUGGUGGCGGUCAGCGUGAGCCUCAACGGCUACGAUUUUCCGGCGUCUGAGAAACGCGUUUCGCUUGCGCUUGCGAUGACUCCCCGUGCGGGGUCGUUGUUUCCGGGGACUGGGCCUUCAUCGGGAGGCACCGUCGUGCAAGUGUUCGGCGACAACUUUGGCGGCGACGUCGACCCGCUCGUGUGCACGUUUCAGUUUGGCGUGGAUGCGUUGGUGGAUGUUGCGGCGGAAUACGACGGUCCAGGGUCUGUCCGCUGUACCACUCCUCCUCUCCCCAUAGUGGGGGAGGAGACUAACAGUACGGACUCCACUGCUGGGGGAGAGGCGAUGAUGGCCGUGGUGCGAGUUCAGCGGGCCUCAAUGCAGAUGGCACCGAACAGCAGCAGCCUUACUCCUGGGGUAGAGUUUUCGUACUACACAACGCCGAUGGUUUCAAGCCUAGCCCCUCAAACCGGGCCUGCGGGAACGCUUGUGAACGUUUCAGGCGAAGGUUUUGUGGACACGGCCGGCUUGACAUGUCGCUUCGGGGAUACCACAGUCACCCCCGUAGAGUACAAGAGCGACAAGAUCGUGGUGUGCAGAGCACCGCGGGAAAAGAGCGACGAGAGCAUCACGGCUGUCGAGGUUUCGAACAACAUGGUCGAUUGGACCACUUCCAAGGUGGUAUUCGCAUACCGGCCGCGCGCGGUCAUCGAAAGCAUCACCCCGAAGGUUGGUCCGGUGAACGGGAGCACAAUCGUUCGCGUGGUGGGGUCCAACUUCCCCGCAAGUAGGAUCGGCCGUAGCAGUAGCGGCGGCGGCGGCAGCGAAGGAAGCACGGCUAAUAUUUCUUGUCGCUUCGGGUCGGUGCUAGUCCCAGCUACGGCUGCAUCCACCGUGGACAGUGGCGAGUUGUUCUGCGUGUCUCCGGCUACCGACAGGCCGGGGUCCGUUUCUCUAGAGGUCGUCGAAAACGGGCUGGACGUGACAGACAGCGGCUGGCGCUUCGACUACAUUCCGGACGUCAAUGUGACGGGAGCCUAUCCUUUGACUGGCCCGGAGGGGGGCAGCACCAAGGUGACCAUCACGGGGCCGGGAUUCCUAGGCUCAGAAACGGUGGUAUGCCAGUUCGGGGCGGCGGGAUAUCGUGCUUCCGGGCGUUGGGUGAGCCGCACUUCCUUUGUGUGCGAUACGCCUCCACAGAGGCCGGGGAGCGUACGAUUGGCGAUCAGCACGAACGGGCAACAGUUCGCCGAUGCAGGGCUGGUGUUUGCGUACCAGCCGCAGGCGGCCGUGCUGUCCGUGUCACCGCGAAGCGGGUCGGUCCACGGGGGUACCGUAGUCUCCGUGACAGGGGCAGGUUUCGUCAAUUCCACGGAAGUAGCGUGCCGCUUCGGCGACCGCAUCGGAGAUGCUGAGUACCUCGAUCUUGCACUAGUCCUCUGUCGGGCACCGGCGGCGGAGAAGGGGGCCCACAACGAUGAAAGUUCUUCGGUACCGGUUAGGAUCGCAAACAAUGGCGUCGACUUCACAGACAGCGAUGGCCCGGGCGUGAUGUUCGAGUACGUGCCGUCGUUUGAGCUUCUUUCUGUGGAUCCCACGGGUGGACCCAUGAACGGCGGCACCACCUUGCGCGUACAAGGGGUCGGGUUCGGCGCCGCUGGAAACCUCAGCUGUGUGGUCAACGGGCUUCAGAUCGAUACCGUGGUGGAAACCACGGGACACCUCGUUUGCGUCACCCCUCCGGCGCCGAACGCUGGGGUCGUGGACGUGCGACUCACCAACAACGGGGUGGAGAUGAGCUCGUCAGCCGUGAGAUUCCACUACCACCCGCCCAUCGAAGUAGACUCCGUGUACCCCACCUCGAUGCCUGAAAACGGGGGGUCCAGGCUGUUGGUGACGGGCUCAGGGUUCACGGAUAUGAGUGCUCUGGCGUGUGUGUUUGUGUUUUCUUCGGCUACUACUCAACAAGUGACUCAGACAGAGACAGCUGGCGUCUACCAUUCGGACAGCUUGGUUUCUUGUGGAAGCCCGGAGGGGGGAGGUGUAGGCCCUGCUGUCUUGCAUGUAACCAAUAACGGCGUGGAAGCCUCCGAUUCUGGAGUGCCGUUUUUGGUGACGAGCACGUCGACUGUCACAACGCUGUGGCCUUCGUCUGGUUCAAGCAACGGCGGCACGAUGGUUCGAGUGCAGGGUACGGGAUUCUUGAACUCGACCACCGCUUUCUGCAGGUUUGGAGACGACGGUAUCGUUAGCGUUGACGCCAUCUUUGACUCCACGAGCGUCGUGUGCACGUCCCCACCAAAGGGUGACACUCUCCCGACCCAAGUCAUGGUAGAAGUGACCAACAACGGCUUGGACUGGACGUCAAGCGGCGUCCUGUAUACCUACCUCCCUCCGAUCACGAUCACCGGAGUUUCGCCGAAAGUCGGUCCGUUGAGCGGAGGUACUGUCGUUAGGGUGAGCGGGUCCGGUUUCGAAGACGCCGCGGCCGGCAGUGGGAAGAAGCUGUUGUGUCGAUUCGGGCAGAGUGUGGUCACUGCGGCUGUGGCAGGCGUCAGUGGCGACGCUCUGUGCGUGGCACCGGCCUACCAAAGCGUCGGCGCCGUUUCAUUGAAGGUGAGCAUCAAUGGCGUAGACUAUACGUCCGAUGGAUGGACGUUCUACUACAGUCCGGACAUAAGCGUGGAAUCUGCGUGGCCCCGUGCAGGGCCAGAGUCAGGAGGAACUGUGGUCACCGUUACAGGCAUGGAAUUCGUUGACAUACACUCGAUAAUGUGCGAGUUUGGGUCAUUAGGCACGCUGGUGCCUGGGAGGUGGAUGGACUCGACAACCGUGACGUGCGUUUCUCCGCCUCACAUGCCGGGGGCAGCGAUCCUGAGGCUUAGCGUGAACGGGCAACAGUUCAUCGAGACAGGCCUUGCGUUCCAGUACUUGAUCGAGUCGACCGUUCGAGCCAUCACGCCUUCUUCUGGGCCUCAGCAGGGAGGAACCGUGGUCGAGGUUGAUGGGACGGGGUUCGUCAACUCAACGGGACUGUCAUGUCGCCUGGCGGGACGCCGCCUGCCUGCCACGUUCGUUCACAGCGGGCGCGUACGCUGCAUCACACCCACUUCAGCGACUUCGUUGGCGAUGCCGCUGGAAGUGUCCAACAACGGCAUUGACUUCACGAACAGUAGCACGGUGCACUUUACGUUUGUGCCGGCUCUUGAUAUCCGGCACCUUUGGCCGAUGAGCGGCCCGAUCGGCGGCGGAACAUCUGUCUCGGUGUACGGGGCGGGCUUUGCGAGUGGUAAGAGCAAGGUGCUUUGCAUCUUUGGAGGAGAUCGCGCUCACAUGACCCUGGCGACCGUGCACAGCGACGACGAGCUCUCUUGCCCGACGCCACCUCUCGGCGACUCGUCGCCCACGGGCGCCACCGUGCGCGUGGAGCUUACGAACAACAAUGGGGUUGACAGGGUCGCGUCCCCGAUGAACUUCUUGUACGUGCCACCGAUCCACCUCUUCAGCGUUAGUCCGUCCCAGUCUGGCGAGGAAGGCGGCGUGACGGCGGUCGUCACAGGCGAAAACUUCCUUCCCUCGACGUCGCUUAGCUGCAAAUUCGGCGGACAGGAUGCCACCCCGGCGGCCUUUAUCUCCUCGAAGCAGGUUUCGUGCCUGGUUCCGGAGUCGCCGACGGGGCCGCGGCAAGUCAGCCUAACCGUCUCCAACAACGGUCAAGAUUUCGCCGCCAGAUCGCCGCUCGUGUACACCUACCUGUCGGCCUUCACUUUGACCAGCAACGAGCCAAGCGCGGGUCCUGUCGACGGUGGGACAGAGGUAUUACUAGCGGGAACGGGCUUGAGUCAAACGGGGCCAUGGGCUUGCGUAUUUGGCGAGAAUGUCGCGGUUCCGGCAACACAACUGGCCAGCGGGCGUCUCCGGUGCAAAUCUCCGCCUCAGCCACCUGGCGUGGCAAAGAUUCGCGCUUUCAGGUCCCCGUCCCCUUUGGCAUCAGCAGUGUCGGGGGCAAUGGCUGCUGCUGCCACGGACUCCUUGCGAGAUUUCGGGCUUCGAUUCCACUACCAGGGCACAGUGUAUAUUUCCUCGGUAGAGCCGCGGAGUGGAUCAACCGCAGGGGGCACGCCGGUGACGUUGCGAGGUUUCGGCUUCGGAAACUCAAGCAGCACACUAACCUGCGGGUUCGGCGAGCAGAACGGCCAAAUACUCAGGUCGCCAGCUCUACGCGCAUCCCCCGGCGUGGCAGUUUGCUCGUCCCCGCCGCGUCUUCCUCGCGAAAGGCAUUCAAGCGGCGCCACCUUCUUCGAUGGUGAAAAUCCGUCGGUUGUCUCGGUAACUUUGAGUCUAAAUGGCGCCGACUUCACCACCCGCGGCCGGCAGUACAUAUACUACGAGCCUGUCGAGGUCUUGGGGUUGUUCCCAGCGGUAGGCUCAGUCAACGGAGGCAUGGUCAUCACCGUCGUGGGACGUCACUUCCUCCCUUCGGAGACGCUCAGCUGCCGGUUCGGAUCCUUUGCGGCUUCUCCCGGAGAGUUUCUGUCUUCGGAUGUGAUCCGCUGCACGGCGCCGCCGUCUCCGGACGGCCCCAUCAAGGUGGAGGUCUCCGUGUCCAACAAUCUCCUGGAGUUUUCCGCGCCGUCUGCGGCAACAACUUUUGAAUACCACCCCCAGGCCCGACCAGAGAGCUUUCAUCCCAGGGCCGGUCCUCUGUCCGGCGGAACCGUGAUGACGGUCGAGGGGGGUACCUUUCCCGCCGCAACAGCACAACUUGCGUGCCGUUUCGGAAGGGCCGUGGUGAAGGCAACCCUGCAGUCACCGGCGCAGAUCACCUGCCAAGCUCCACCUUCGUCGUCCGAGAAGAACGUACUUGUACAGGUCACCAUAAACGGCGAAGAGUGGGAAGACGUAGGAGAUGGUGGUCUGAUGUUCCGGUACUAUCAGGCUCCCCAGGUUGAGGCGCUACACCCAAGCACUGGGCCACCAAUCGGAGGAACUCAUCUGUCGGUCUUUGGGCGUCAUUUCACGCCUGUUGCAGGGGUAGGGCCCGUUCUGUGUCGGGUGGGGAGUUCGUCCGGCACAGCUGUUCACCAAGUUUCUCCGGCCCUAGGGUGGGAAGGUUCCUCCAGGUUCGGUGAAAGGGCAGAGAGCGACGUCGUGACCUGCAAGGUUCCUGACCUUGGUGCCGACGACUUCACGGCGGUUGAAGUUGCCGUGAGCGCAGACGGAGGGGUGCAUUUCUCGUCGCCACCGUUGAUGUUUUCAUACGUUCAGGUACCGAUUAUUCAUUCCGCAACCCCGGAAGCUUCAAUGGAACGAGGAGAGGUAGCAAUAACCGUGACGGGUGAAGGAUUUCUUAACCUGCCCACGUUGGCCUGCCGUUUCGGUCUAGCGAACUCGAGCCGACCCGCUGAGUUCGUGUCCAGCCAACACAUCCAGUGUUUCACACCCGCCGAGUCGGAGCCCGGUACGGUACACGUUGAGGUGACUCUCAACGGCGUUGACUACACAGCGCAGGAGAUACGCCACCACUUUUUACCGACAGCGAGUAUUGUUCGGAUAGACCCCGGCGUGGGCCUUGCAAGUGGUCGCACGCCUGUUGUCAUCGAAGGGUCAGGCUUUGACGCAAUCGGACGCGUAGAAAGGACAAGAAUCACCUGCCAGUGGGCGGUUCCGGGGCUCGAUCCGCCGGAGGUGCUUGUGACUCGGGCUGACGUCUUGUCGGACUCGACCCUGACUUGCCUGUCGGCGCCUGCCGGGCAGAACGGAGGAGUCGCGCACGUGUCCGUCUUUGCGAACGACGUAAAUAUCGCGGAUGAAAACGGCGACGGCUUGACUUUCGAGUACAGGGUGCGCGCGACGACUUCACAGCUGUUUCCCACACACGGCCAGACCUCGGGCGGAACGAGAGUCAAUGUUACUGGCGAAGGCUUUACCGACGAUGGCGGUCUCACCUGCCGCUUCCUUGGAGUGGCUGCAACAGAUGGAGGCAGUGUUGUUGAGGUGGUGGAAGUCUCCGCGAGCUUUGUGUCGACGACAGAGGUGCACUGCUUGACGCCCUCACUGGCCUCCGUCUAUCCACAUGGCGUUGGGAACUCUUCGACGGGUGUGGGUCACGCGCUGGUGGAGAUUUCAAACCGCAGGUGGUCGCAGUCAAGAGACUUUGACGCCAACCGAGGGCUGUCGUUCUGGUACCUUCCUCAGCCAAAGAUAACCAAGGUAGCACCCUCGUCGGGGUCGUCUGAGUGCGGGGCCGAGAUCCGCAUCACUGGGGGAAUCUUCAGGUCCGGCGAUAGGAGCUCCUUGAGAUGCCGCAUCGGGAGCACCACGUACCCGGCGGCGUUCGCAUCCCCCACCUCAAUCUCCUGCGCUGCGACGGGACCCGUGGGCCCUGGGUCGUACGAAGUCGCGGUGACUGACAACGGGGUCGACUUCGUCGGUGCUGAGAGCGCUUUCAUGUUCCUCCCGGCGGCGACGGUGACGGCCGUCAGCCCGUCCUCCGGUCCGUUCGUCAGCGGCGGGGACAGAGGACAGCAAGCGAUCCUUCUAGAGGGAACCGGUUUCUCGACCAUGGAUAGGCCUUCUUGUUCGUUCGGGGAGAUGGUUGUAGCCGCUUCCGAGGUAAUUUCGGCCACCGAGGUCAGGUGCGUUCCACCAGCAAUGCCGCAAUUGUUGGGGGCGUUGUCGACACCGCUGUCUGUGCCUGUCCGAUUUUCCAACAACGGCGUUGACUUUGGAGCUUGUGACCACGACCAUACUGGAGGUGCCGGCGCCGAGCCGAUGUACGUGUUCUACAACGAGCCAGCAGUAACUUCUCUGGCGCCCUCGCGAGGAGUGACGAGCGGGCAAGCAUCUACCGUGUUACUGACCGGCACUAACCUCGCCAAACGCGGUAACGCAACUCUGGCGGGUGAAAAAGAAGCUAGAAUUCUGUUGUGCCGACUUGGGCCGCACGACAACAACGCCACAACGAGUGGUGUCGUACUCAGCCCCAAUGAAGCAACCUGCCCGGUCUCCUGUGGCGAUUUCAGCGGGCUCACGAUCUUCGAGGUGUCGCUGAACGGCGGCGCUCACUGGACUGAGGCUGACGUGGGCUUCCGUUGCGACCCCCUUCCGGAAAUAUCUUCCGUCACCCCGGAAAUGGGCCCGACUACCGGCGGUACAGGCCUCAUCAUAUGGGGCUCGGGUUUUGCAUCCAGCGAGCUUUUGGGCUGCAGUUUUGGCCUUGGCGGUACGGAAAACGUUUCGACCGUGCUUUCUAAAGCCAGGUUUAUCUCGAGCUCAGUCAUCGAGUGCGUGACGCCGGCAGCUUCUGAGGCAUCCGGACGCCACACUGCCGACGUUGCGGUUUCUAACGAUGGUAUCCACUUUUCGCCGCCGGCUCCGGCGGCCACGUUUGAGUACGUCUACCAGCCGAUGGUUACGCGUAUUGAUCCGGCGUUUGCAUCCCCGUCUCUAGGCGGAGCACCGGUGACAGCCAUCGGCACAAACUUUGUUGACACGCCCUCCUCCGCAUGCCACUUCACACCGUUGGCCACGAAUGGGGGCGGUGAUGCUGCUGAUGGGGAAUGGUCCGAGUUUGGCACAAGCAUCAUGACUCCGGCAACCUUCAUUUCUAGCACCGAAGUAUCUUGCCAGACGGGUGGUGUAGUUCUUCCUGUCGGGCCUGCGCUGGUGGCAGUUUCGGUUAACGGAGUCGACUUCGACCACAACAACGGAGCAAUUAUCGAUCUGGAAGCCCUGCCGGAGGUUUUCAAGGUGGUGCCGGCGAGGGGCAUGGCUGGAGACAUAGAGACGCCUGUUGAGGUGUACGGAACUGGCUUUGUCAACCGCACGGGUUUGCUACUGUGCCGCUUCGGUGAAACCGGUGUCGUCGAAGCUUCCUUCGGGUCCUCUAGCGUCGUGAGGUGCUCCGCUCCCGCGCAAGCCGAACCGGGAGCGGUCAGCGUCGCGGUGUCGGUAGACGGCGGCGUGACCUUUGGGGGGGAAGGCUCGUCUGGAUUGGCAUCGGUUCUCCACUUCCGCUACCUAGCACCUUCCCUCGUGACCGGUCUAUCUCCUCGCUGCGGCCCCGCUACGGGGGGUACAGUCGUUUCUGUUGUUGGCACGGGCUUCAACAGCGACUUCCGCUUCACGUGCAAGUUCCAGCCGAGCGGGCCGGUGGUCGAGAGCGAGACGGCAGCGGAGACGGUAGGAGUGGAAGCACUCGCAGCUUACGUGUCCCCUUCUGAGCUUGCGUGCAUCGCGCCGCCUGUCGUAUCCGAGAACAAUGUGGGCCGCGCGAUGGACGUGCAAGUUUUCGUCGACUUCGGCAGCGAAGCUGUGGCACGCCUUCCUACUUCUGGCAGCGGCUCCUUCACGUCUGUUCCGAGCUUACAACUGUCGGGCUUGAAUCCAGAUCGCGGGUCAGUGGCGGGAGGAACGCUCGUGGAUAUUUUCGGGGCCAAUUUUGCUGCCCUUCCUGCUGCGAGUGGGGGUCUUGCUACAACCGCUGCUACGGAAACAGUUUGGUGUCGGUUCGGCUCCAUUGUGACCAUAGGGUCCCGCUUUUCGGACGGAUGGGUGCAGUGCUUGUCGCCGCCCUGGAACGUUGGACUCCCCGUGGAAGUGGAGGUCAGCGUCAGCGUGAACAGCGGGGCCGAUUUCGAGCGAGGGCCGCCGGGGUCACCUCUGAUCUUUUCGUACGAGGAAGCGGCGCGGGUUAUCUCCCUGUCACCCGCCUUUGUCUCGUCCACCGGCGGGACGCGGAUCACUCUCAAGGGCUCCGGAUUCCCACGUCGCGGGGACGCACGGUGCCGCUUCGUGGAGGGCACUCCGGCUGAAGAACAAGCUUCUUCCCCAGAUCCGCCGGUUGCAACCUCCUACGCCUACGUGAUUUCCGAGGGAGAGCUCGCCUGCAGCGUCCCUUCUUCGGGACUCGGUCCAGGAGAGCGCGGAUUUGCUCACGUUUUUCUUGCCACCACCGGCGACGACUUCAGGCCAACCAACCUCUUCGUCAAUUUCGUUCCCAACAUGGAGGUUUCGUCGGUCGUCCCGCGGCGGGUCACCGAGCAGGAAGAACACAUCAUCCUUGUGGAAGGAAGCAACCUCCCCGAUCUUCCCGAUCUCGCUUGUCGGUUCGGAGGAGGCGGUGAGAACUCCACCGUCCCCGCCCUCUGGUUGGGAUCUACAGCAAUGCGUUGCGUCGCCCCACCUCUUCCACCCGGGGAUGUAUCGGUCCAGGUGACGUUCAACGGCUUCGAUUUCGUCGAAGCAUCUCAACUGCUGGCGGUGGACACGAAACUGACGGUAGCGGGCAUUGCUCCCCUGUCUGGGCCGAUCGCCGGAGGCACUGAGAUUACCGUCACGGGGACUGGCUUUGGCAUCGACGGUGUUCUAGGCGGGAACAUCACGACUAGUGGGUACGGGUUUGCUUGCAUGUUUGGCGAAUCGCAGGUGGCUGUCGUUGCCACCGUUAUGUCGCCCGGAAGCGUUGUUUGCCGGACGCCUCCCGGGUUCGUCAACACAGGCGUGAACUCCAGCGGGUUGGUUCCCGUUACCGUCGCCAGGCGUCUCGACGGCGGAAGCACCGGGGAGAUGGCGGUUGCCCCGACCCCGCUCGUUUUCCUCUACCUCAGAGAGGCGGUCCUGACCAGCCCGACCCCUAACAGCGGGCCGAUGGUUGGCGGCACACGAGUGACGCUAUCGGGCGUUCAGGAAGAGGUUUCCUUUAUGCGAGCAGCGGGGGUAGAACCGGAUCUCCGGUGCAGUUUUGGAGCCGCUACGGAUGCCGCGAUCGUUCUACCACGGGGUCAAGGGAAUGACGUCUUCUGCAUCUCACCGCCGUUAGUGGGAGGAGUGGAGUUUUCAUCGAAAGACGUCAGCGUUACGGUGUCUUUCAACGGCGGGGCAGACUUCACGGUGUCCGAGGCUGUGUUUGUGUACUUUGAAACGCCCGAGGUAUUUUCAGCGCACCCUUCCACGCUUUCCGCUGCUGGUGGAGCGGCAGUGACACUGAGAGGGCGGAACUUUCCAGACGCCAAGGACGGCUUCAAGUGUUUAGUUGGUCCAGACGCCCAAGCUGCUGAAGGGGUUCGAGUGUCCUCGACUGUACUUGAGUGCGUUGCUCCACCACACGCUCCGGGAUUUGCCUUGAUCUCUGCUUCGUUCAACGGGGCGGACGUCUCCGCAUCGACCGCUCUACUGGAGUAUCGCGAGGAUCUGCACGUUACGUCGAUUGUCCCGGCGUAUGCCGCCAUCACCAGCGAGGCUGAAGUUACCCUCAGAGGCACGGGGUUCAUUGACUCCUCGUUGCUGUGUUUGCGGUGGCGUCGUCACUCUUCCGCCGAGGCAACUGCUAGAGGUCCCGGCACCAAACGCGAGAAGUGGCACACGAUUUUCCUCGACUACAUCAACAGCACGGCCGCCACGUUCACAGCUCCGUACGUCGCGGCUGAAGACAGCAGGGAUGAGGGGAGUUCCGUCGAGCUCCGGAUAGAAGUUUCGAACAACGGCUUGGACUUCAACCCUGUCGAGGACUCCGUGCGGUUUGCGAUAGCGGGGCGCCCUCGAGUGCACAGCGCCUUCCCAAGGUACGGAAGGGGCGCAGGAGCAACGAAGGUGACACUUGUCGGCACAGGAUUUGUCCCGGCGGCCACCCUGUGCCGGUUCGGAUCUCGUGAACGGAACGACACGCACGGUGACCGCAUCGUCGACAAGCCGCUAAUCGUCGUCCAAGCAGAAGUGUUGAAUUCCACCCACCUGGUUUGCGUGACUCCGGCAUCAGAUAGCCACCUUGUAGGAGACUUUUUCAUCGAAGUCGUGACGGGUGCCGUGACCAACGACGACGCUUUGGCAACGGCAAUAACCGACAACGUCUACGAACGGCUUGUGGACCCCCUGGCCACGGCUGGGUUCACGUUUAUCCCGGCUGCGGGGGUGAUAGCCGUCGAGCCCACCGUCCUCCCUGAGUCCGGGAAUGUUGUCGUCACCAUGGAAGGGUAUAAUUUCACCAGAACCGGUCUAGAAGCUUGUCGGUUCGGAGGAGAAGUGGUGGUCGGUGCUGCGUUGUGGAAUUCGUCGGCGGUGAGAUGCCAAGCCCCGCCCAUGCCUCCAGGUUCUUAUUCGCUGGAGCUCACCCUGAACGGGGGGGCGGAAUGGUUGACGGUACCCGCUGGUAUGGGCUACGAGCCUGAUCGUUUCUUGUACUCGCUAAGCCCGUCUGCUGGGCCGCUGAGCGGAGGAUCGCUUGUGACGAUCACCGGAGUUGGCUUCGUGGAUUCUUCCUUGGAGGAGAAUGAAGCUGGGUCCUUGUACUGCAGCUUUGGUAACCUCGAGGUUGUCGGCCGUACCCUCAACGACAGCUCGCUUCAGUGCACCUCGCCGGCGGUGCCUAUGGAAGGGAUUGUCCCGAUAACCGUAACGUUACGGUAUUCCAACACCAAACGCAAGGUUGAAUUCAUGAUCAUGGACGGCACCAUCUCGGCAGGAAAGGGUGCCGAUGGGGACGAAGGCCUUACCUUUCAGUUCUAUCGCGACGAGCUUGUGCUUGGAAUCCGACCCUACGAGGGUCCCGUGCGGGGAGGCACCACGCUUACCAUUACCGGCACCGAUUUCCGCUUCACACCGCAGCUGGUCGCGCGUUUCGCGUAUGCGGGGACUUCGGGCCGAAGCGGCAACACUACCGCAACCGUCACCGUGGCCGACUACAACCAGAGCGGCGCCACCACUGUCACCGUGCCGGCGCGAUACUUGAACAGCGAAGAACUCAUCGUACAAACGCCACGGUGUCCGCUUGGUUCAGGUUUGGGCGGUUCAUUUUUUGUCGAGAUUUCGUCGAACGGGAGGGACUUCACUCCUUCUUCCGACGGCCCCUUGUUCUUCUACGAUGCCAGCGAGCCAUUCGUGGAAUCCCUGUCCCCUGCGGUACUUCGGGAGAGCGGGGGUGUCGUGCUCACCGUCCGGGGCUCGGGCUUCCCGGAUACCUUCCCCAGCACUCUGGCGUGCAAGUUUGGCGGUGGAGAUGACGCUGUAUCGGUCCAGGUCACGAGGCAUUCAAUGGAACUCCUGACCUGCCUUUCUCCACCACGACAACCGGGGCUGGUAGGGGUUUCCGUUUUCUCUUAUGACCAGUUGCUAAACUCCGACGGAGAUCUGCAGGUGGAGUACAUCAGUAACCUGCGCUUGUUCUCAUCUUGGCCUGCACUCGGCCCGGCCGCGGGCGGAACGACGGUGACCAUUCUAGGGGAAGGAUUUCGCACGGAGGAGACGUACGCGUGCGCUUUUGGAUCGCAACAGCUACCGUCGGUUGAAGCGAUGGUCGUCAACAGUUCUGCGAUACAGUGCCUUUCGCCGAUGGUGCCCGCCGGCGAGAAUGUUACCCUUCAGGUGUUGGCUGUCUACGACGACGUUUUUUCGCCUAGCGAGAGCUACGUGUACGGUCUUGCUUCCACCAAAGGAGAAACGGACAUCGUUCAGACGACAACAGCUGAACAGAGCGAUGCAAGCCCCAUCUCGACGGCGUAUCUGUCCUUUCGGUAUCACGAAGACGUCGAAAUCUGGCGAGUCAGCCCACAAAACGGCCCUGCCUCGGGGGGCACCGUCGUUCGCGUGUCGGGGUCUGGCUUCAUUGAUCUCCCCCAAGCCGCGUGCCAGUUCGGAGCCGGAGAACCCACCCCUGCAACGGUAAUCAGUUCGGGGACCCUCGUCUGCACGGCCAGCUCGCUUACUGCCUCCGCCGGCCAUUCCGCGCCUAAGUACACUUUUAUGAAUGCCUCUCGUGCGGAGAAAGGAGUCGAGCUACGAGUAUCCAUGAACGGAGUUGAUUUUGUCCCUGUGAAUUCGUCAAUUUCCUUCUUGUACGACGACGACAUGUACGUGUUGUCGCUCGUCCCCGACCAAGGGCCGGCGACGGGAGGGGUGCGGGUUCUCGUCCGCGGAUCCGGGUUCCGGCCGGACGAGCGACUCGCCUGCCGGUUCGGCCUGCAGGAAAGCGCGGCGGAAUACAUCCGCGGGGACACGAUCGCGUGCCGUUCCCCGCCUCAAGCCCGCGUGUCUGCGGUCCUGGUUUCCGUUACUCUCAACGGCCAGGAUUUUUCCUCGCGCAGGCAACCGGCCUUACCGGUUCCACUCGAUGCCACUGGAGAAGACCUGGGCGGGGCUCUGUUCACCUACACCGAUCGCGCGGCCGUCACAGCCCUGGCGCCGGACAGUGGCCCGACCCGCGGGGGCACGGUCGUAACUGUCUCGGGGGUCAACUUUGCUGGCUCGUCGAGCCUGCUCUGCCGGUUCGGCGACCUCGUGACGAGCGCGGCCGUGUUUGUAUCGACGGAGAUGGUGACCUGCGUGUCGCCGGCUGUCCCCGUUGGAGCGGCGGGCCGCGUCUACCUCGAGGUGUCGGAUCUAGGGAGCACAACGGUCACGCAUGAUUCGUCUUCAUCGUCUGUAGGAAGCGAUACUUCAUCGUUCGAGGUACGAGAACCGGGCGAAGACCCGUCGCUGUGGACCAAUAGCGCCGUGGAGUUCACGUUCACGGAGGACUCCGUAGUGCUGGCUGCUUUCCCUACCUCCGGCCCUGCCGAGGGCGGGACGCGGGUAACCCUGACCGGGUCCGGCUUCCAAGAUGUUCCGGAGCUGGGGUGUCGGUUCGGCGGUACCCACUCACGGAUGUUGGACGGAAACCACAACCAAGAUGGUGGCGUCGUUGACGAGCCGCUCGGAGCGGGAACAACCGCAGAGGUGUUUGAAGCUACAGCCGUUGAUGUGCGAGCCACCUUCGUGUCGCCCACAGAAGUGGUGUGCAGCGCGCCCGAGCAGUCGCUCGAAUGGAUCGAUUCUUCCGGAGCCGCAGGUUCUUCUCCCCCUAGUGGGGCCACAGUGCGAGUGGCGGUAACGUUAAACGGGCAGAACUACAGCCUGAGGAUGGCGCAAUUCACCUAUUACCCCACACCGCAGAUUUCCUCUGUUAGCCCGGAUCGCGGCCCCACUUCUGGAGGAACAAUGGUGACCGUUUCUGGGGCUAACUUGACCUCCGCCGGUACAUACCCUGGCUUCACGGAAGGGAGCCUGUUGUGCCGGUUUGGAGGUCCUGGAGGCAGCACCGUCAAUGCUGAGCCUGUCGUCGGGGGAGACAAUAAUGCCGUACGUUGUGAAGCGCCAGUGGACCCUCGGCGGGACGUCGGGGGAAGCGAGGUCCAACGGGUGUCUGUCCACGCUUCGAACCGUGGACCGGAGGUUCAGGUUGUGGAAGCGUUUGCCUUGCCGGAGAGUGAUCCCGUCUAUGAAAUCUCGGUGCGGGGUCGGGGUUGGCAGAACGAGGUGCAAGAGAUCAGGGCCGUCGCGGCACCUGCUUCAGACGAGACAGAAAUACAGGUGAUAUUUUCCUCGCUUGAGCUCGCGCGGGAAGUGCAGCGAAUAACGGUGGAUGCUUCGGCCAACAUCAGCGAAGUCCAGCAGAUCACGGUGGCAUCUAUGGACCCGUCUACCCUGUCCGGGUCGUUCGCCGUUAGGCAUGGCUAUUACCUUUCCCCCGCCGUACCGUUCAACGCCACCGAGGACGAGCUCCAAGAAGCGCUGGCGGGAGUUCCAAGUUUGGGAGGGGGCAUCGUUGUUCGCGAGCCUUUCUACGACGCUGCCUCAGGCCUGGAAGGGACGCGGUACAAUGUUACUAUGGCGUAUGCUAUUGGCGACCUGGCUGCGCUCGCGGUGGUGACCGACAAACUAUCGGGUGUCGGACUCAACGCAACGGUGACAGAGAUUCUCAAAGGAAGGCCCUGUGAGGUCCAAGAAGUGUCUACAAGGGGCGCUUCCGGAGGGACCUUCACCCUUUCCCACGGAGGGGAAGAAACCGCUGAAAUCCCGUGGAACGCUACAGCCGCAACGCUCCAAGCCGCUUUGGAGGAGCUUGACUCCGUGGGUCGGCUGAUGGUCAACCUGACGGACCCAAAUUCCUACCCCCCAGGGGGUCGGACAUGGGCGGUCGCCUUUGUAGGCUCAGCGGGCGACCUUCCGUUGCUGACGGCAGACGGGGAAGGGCUCAUCCCCGACCCUUCCCCGUUCUCUCGCACCGUUGACGCCGACCAUGGCUACAAUAGCUACGCCAACGAAGAGACCAUAGCGUAUUGGCCGACUGAUUCGGCCACCAUCAGCGUGUGGGAGGCGCAGAGAGGAGAGCCGGCCGAGGAGGCGGGGAUGCGGCACGGGGGUGGUCGUGCAUCGGGUACCGUUGACCUCGCGUUCGAUGCCAAUGGGGAUGGGACGCUGGAGGCUUCGGAGACUGCCACUGUUGACGUGGACGCCAGUGCCUCGGACGUGCAGGCGGUGACAGGCACGCAGCUGGAGGUGCAAAAGGUGGAAACUACGGGAACUCCUUCCGGAACCUUCUUCUUAGGGUUUGUCGAAGAGGAAACCGAUGACCUAGCCUUCGACGCCUCUGCAGCAGACGUGAAAGCCGCUCUCGAGGCGCUCGUCAACGUGGGGACCGUCGACGUCGCCCGCGAAGACGGGGAUGGCAGCGACCUUUACGCUUGGAGCAUCACGUUCACCGGACCGGUGGUGUCGGCGUACAGCAGUGUCGACAGCGAUGAGGAUACGGAUAUCGACGAAGCGGCAGCGAUGCUAUCGUUUCCUUUGCUGUACGCCGGAGGAGAGAAUGGUGACGACGGGCUCGGGUUAGGGACCCUUGGGAUCGGGGGGGAGCUCAACGUUUCCAGGGUACAUCGCGGCACGCUAGGGUCGCUGUCCGGAAAGAUCAUGCUUUCCUUUGAGAACGUCUCUUCUACCAUGGAGGAGGCGGCCAAUACUACUUCAAGUGCUUCCCUAGCCGUGGCGCACGACGCCUCUGCCGACGAGAUGAAGGACGCAAUAAUAUCUCUAGCGGAGGGUUCCCUUGAUGCUUCCGUUGGAACCAUUGACGUCUCGCGAGAGGCAAACGGAGCGGAGGGUCUUCAGUCGUACAGGUGGACUGUCACCUUCCUAGAUCUCGCAGCCAACGUUCCUAAGCUCUCCGUAAACAGCACGACGGUGGAGUACGGAUCAAGCUCGGGGCAGCGGGGCACGAUGACAGUGACAAACGGGGGGGUUGGGGUGGCUUCGGUAGGAGCGGCGACCUUGCAGGAAGCGUCGGCUAUUUGCUGUAUCGGAGGAAACUUUUCUUUGAGUUUUGACGGUUUCGAUGUCUUCGACGUCGAUCUCGAGAAUGACGCUAAUGCGUCCACGAGCGCAGCCGGCCUGGUCGAGGCGCUCGGAGACGUGAUACAGGACGAAUGGGGCUCUAUCACGGUAGACCACACGCAGUUACUGGACGGGGGCUCGAUCUGGAGGUUGACGUUCGACGAUUACUCCCUGGUCGCCCGCGCCGGCGGGGCGCCCCUCAUUGCGGUUGCUCACGAUAAUACAACUCGCGGGUUGGUUUCGGUCGAGCGCGUUGCCGAUGCGGCAAGCCCGGCGGUUCACCGCGUGCUUGUGGCUGCGCUUUCGACGCUGCAAUCGACGGGAACGUUUGCGCCGUCUCUUGAAGGCGUCGUGACCCGCGCGAUUUCUGUGGACGUGUCGGCCGACGAUCUGCAGGACAUACUCCGCGAAGACUUCUCCUCGCUCGGGGUGUACCCAAGCGUAGCAGCUGUCGGAGCGGCCGAUCUCCGCCUUGCCGGAGACCACCGCGCCUGGGACGUGUCAUGGGACUCGACCCCCGGAAGAGCCAUGGAGAGCGCCGACUUCUCUUGCGCCGCGGGAGCGAACGUCACGGCCGCCUACACGGGCGAGGGCACCUGCACGACGGAGCUCUUGGCGGCUUCCGCCGGCGGUGCCCCGCUCUCCGGCAGGUUCGCAAUCACGGUCUCGUCCUCGAUUCCGUCCAAUAACGAUUUGACGGACGACACGGCGUGGGGCACGGCAGUCGAAACUACCGCCUUUCUCGAUCACAACGCCACGGCGACGGAGGUUCGGACGGCUCUCGAAGCGCUGAGCAGCGUGGCCGCUGCCAACGUUGAGCUCGUAAACUUCUUGCCCAGCGGGAAUGGGAGCGCAGGCAGCACCUAUCUCGUUACGUUUACUGGCGCAUCUGGGGCGGCAUCUCCCAUUGGAGGGCUGUCUUUGACGACGUCGGCGGCGGGGCUUAACGGGACCGGAGCGGAAACUACCGUUGGCGAGGUGCACCCGGGAUCGCGUUGGGGCGGCGAGUUUGCCCUCUCGAUCGGUGGUCUGGAAGGCUCAGCGCUACCGUUCGAUGCGCGCGCGGAGGAAAUGCAAGAGGCCGUCAGCGCGCUCCUUGCUUCCGCUGGCGGUGAAAACGAUGAGAAUGGCGUUGAAGUGUGGAGAGAGGACUACGAGGCCGGGUUUCGAUGGAUUUCGGUGUUUUACGGGGGAGAUCUGGAUGGGGAUAUUGAUCUGAUGGAGGUGGCGUGGUCAGCGUUGCACGGAACUGAGGGCAGCGUACAGGUCUAUCGCCGUACCGACGGCGCGGAUUCUGCCGGAGGGACCUUCACCCUUGCGUUCAACGGUGACGUCAGCGAACCUCUCCUCUGGAACGCCAGCGCAGCGUCUGUCGAGCAGGCACUGGAGUCUCUUCCCCAAGUGGGAGACGUAACCGUGGUUGCCGAAACGCCCCAAAAGUCCGAUGCGACCGUGGAUCAAAAUUCCUCAGAAACGGCAGUGUCUUGGACGGUAGAAUUCACUACGGUGGGCACCCCCGCCAACAUCGGAGACCUCCCGCUGCUCGAAGCUGACGGUUCUUUCCUCACGGGAACUACCGUGGGCGUGAGGGUAGAGGAGAUAUCGGCCGGCUGCUGCGAGGUCGAAGUCAGCGCCAACGGCGGGGCGGACUACACGAGUACUGGAUCCGACGGCACGGGCAGCAGCACCACGGCCGCCUUUCGCUAUCAAGACAGAGCCACGGUGCGAUCGGUCACGCCGAGCUCGGGCCCGGCAUCAGGCGGCACGGCCGUCUUCUUAUCCGGCACUGGGUUUGAUCUCCCCUCGACAUCAGGCAACGACAUGCACGGUGACGACUUUGUGUGUGUCUUCGGCGGUAGACUCGAAUCGCCAGCCACUCGGCUAAACUCCACAACGGUCACGUGCGCGUCUCCGUUCACCCCUCUGCGGGAAACGGGAGCCAUGUCCGUGUCCGUGCGGUGGCCGGCACUGGUCUCUCCUUCGACCACAACUGCGGCGUUCACGUUCCAUGAAGACGUCACACUGCAGGCGCUUUCUCCCCGUCGAGGGUCCAAUGUGGGCGUGUACACAACGGCCGUCUUCAUCGGCCGAGGUUCAUUUGUAGCCGUGGGAAUUGCCGACGUUUCAUGCGUCAUCGAGGUCCGCCUUCCAAGCAACAUCACCGGCGGCUACACAGCGCUCACGUAUUCCGCGCCUGCUGUAGAGCUAUCAAGCUCGCUGCAUACCGCGGAAGUCACUAUGGUUUCGAACAAAGAAGGUUACGGUUGCGACAUGCCGACUCUUGAGGAUUUCUUCCCCGGCGUUAGCAUCGAAGACUGGGUGGACAACGACUGGGAUGCGAUCGCCCUCGUGAGCUUGUCGGGAAACGGUGGGGUUGAUCUCACGGCCCCGUUGACGUUCACGUACUUCCCUAAACCAACUGUGGUUGCUGCAUCGCCGGGGCUAGGAGGGGAUGGCGGCGGAACCUCGGUGGUCGUGCAUGGGACAUGGCUUUCUCCGCCGGAGGGAGGGUACGACGAGUCGGAGCUAUUUUGCCGCUUCGGCCUUGCGCCCCCCGCCCCUGCCCAGUACAUAUCGGACAGCGCCGUCUCGUGCACCUCUUCAUCUCACACCAACGUGGCGGCGAUAGUAUCGGUUGAAGUGGAGAGCGCCCGCGUUUUCCACGCCACACAAGAAGUCUUGCUGAGGAUACCUUCGCCGAUGGCUAGCCAGCCAAACGCCUCUUCACACUACUCGGGAUCGGGAACUUGGACGCUCUCGCUCGAGGACUACUCGACGGUCUCCAUGGGUGCAAACGUUACCGCUGGUGAGAUGGCGACUGCUCUAUCAGCUAUGCCGAACAUCGGCAACGCUACGGUUUCCGCGGAGCACCGGACCCUCUCCGACCCGUACGCUGGUCUCUCUUGGAACGAGACGUUGUUCACGGUGUAUUUCGCCGCCCGAGGUGGGGACCUCCCGGUGCUGUCGGCAGACGUCUCAGAUCUGCGGUUGAAAUCUUCGGAGGGCACGGCCGUGGACGGGUUUGACCAAGACGUGUUUGGGUUUCCGGUGCUCGCCCCGGAAGUUUCGGUGAACGUCGCGGAGCGGGGGCACGACGGCGAUGGCAUCGUGCGCGAGGUGCAGGUGCUGAGAACGAACAGAUCAAGCCUGGUGGAGGAGGUUCAGACGGUGACGGUUACGACGGGACUGUCGCCGGCGGCAGAGGUCCAAGUGGUAACGCUUGCGGCCAACGAAGCGCUCUCCGGCGAGUUCACGGUCACCUACCCCGACGUAGGCUCGACCGAGCCCCUGGCCCAUGACGUCUCCGCAGAAGCUUUUGCGUCCGCCAUGCGAGCCUUAGACCCCGACGACAUCGGUGGCGCCGGCGUAACCGUCUCACGUUCUCGAACGGGGGUGCGCGGGUUCGCGUGGACCGUAACUUUCGACGACCUCGGGGCCGGGGAUCGUCCACAACUGGUCGCUACCGCCAACGCCUCUCUAGAAACCCGCACAACUAGCGGCACUCUGUCACUGGAGGUGGAAACGUUGACGGAUGGGGUGGCGGGUAUUGGUGGAACGUUCGAGAUCUCGUUUGACGGGGACGGGACUGAGGAAUCUACUGGUCCGUUGGCGGCGCACAACGCAUCGACUCGAGAGGUCGAGGCGGCGAUAGAGGCGCUGUCUGGGGCUGGCGAUGUAACCGUACAGGUCGAGCUCUUGGACGGUGGGGAUGGCGGCCGGGUGUUCACUGUGACGUGGCCCGUGGGUCGGGGUAACGUUCCGGCGCUUCGAGUGAACGGAUCGGCACUGACCCCUACAGUUGGUGACGUUGGUGGGGUGCUUCUGGAGGCGGCCGUGGCAUACGUCAACGAGACGAUCAACGGAACGGACUCGGUCGGGGGAGAAUUCACCCUUGUCUCGGGUUCCAACGUGUCCACCCCUCUGGCUUUCAACGCUUCUGCAAUGGAAGUAGCGGAGGCCGUUAACGGCAUGAGAUACUGGGGAGGGCUGGUGCUCGUGGAUCGACAAGAUCUGCUAGCGAGUGACACAAACAUCAACGAACGGAACAUGUUCGAGUGGAGUCUCACGUUUUCUCCGACUGAGGGUGACGUGGAAGAGCUAAGGGUGUUCAACGACGACAUCACGGGUCCCGAGGGAACCGCGGUAACGGUGUUUACCGCCGUGAACGGGUCUUUCGAUGAACGUUUCGGAAACUAUACUCUGAAAUACGGAGCUGAAAACGCGACUUGGCCCCUGGCUUUCAACGCCACGGCGGAUGACGUUGAGGAGGCCCUUGAGGCUCUAGAUGAAGUCGGUGAUGUGAACGUCACUUUGCACGAGAGCUCUUCCAGGGAAGACGGAAGGGGUGGUCGGCGAUGGCAGAUAUGGUUCACAGCACUGGGCUAUCCUUCGCACGUGGGCGAGGUUCAGGCACUGUCCAUAGACUCCAGCCAUCUCGGGGGGUCGGGGGCCACGGGUGCCGUCGAAACAAUCCAAGCCGGCUACGGCCCAGCAGUGGGAGUUGCCGUCAGCACAAACGGAGGGGUGGAAUGGUCUUCUGCCACCGUCGCUGACAACAGCGAGACCAUGUAUUCGGCCGACAACGACCAGGAUAUAGCUGUCUUCACGUACCACCCCCCUUUCCUGCUGGGGAGUUUGAGCCCACCGACAGGCCCUGCCAUCGGCGGUACCAUCGUCUCCAUCUCGCUAGCGACGACCUCGGGGCAGAACAACAAGACAACCUCGACGGGUAACGCCUCCUCGGAACAACAAGAGUGGGCAUUCGCCUUCGACCCCGUCCGCGACGCCCUGGCGGCCUGCUUCUUCAACCGGACGUCAGUCCCGGCUACCGUGGUCUCCAACGAGACUGUGGAGUGCGUCGCCCCCCCGACCGUCCCCGGCGGAGGCGUCAGCCUGGUGACGGUGUCCGUGAACGGGGUGCCGGUAGGUGGAACGGGCGUCGCUGGGGUAGAUGUCGCCAGCGCCGAAGGAGCCCUGGAGUUCUUUUACCUGUCGGACGAGGGGGAGAUGUCGCUGUUCCCGCCCAGUGGCCCCGUGAAAGGCGGAACACUCGUAGAGGUUUCCAGCCGCGACAUCGCGGAUGCCGCGGCGGCAUUGCUCUCGCACCAGGCGAUGAAAUCCUCUUCCUUCGACAACAACGCCUCUUUUCCUGUUCAGCUGUCGCCGUCUUCCACGGUUUGUUCGUUCAGCGCCGACGGCAACGAGACCGGAAGUUCUACCGUUUUGGUUGCGGCUUCCGGGCUGUCGUUUGACUGGGAUGUUGCCGUUGACGUCCAUGGACGCGAGAUCGGUGUCGGGCGCGUGCUCUGCCGGUCCCCUCCUGCCCCGGACAAUCUCCCUUCCACGGUUACCGUUAAGCUAUCACUCAACGGCGGCCAGGACUUUACGAUCCACGGGGCGCAGUACUACUACCGGCCGGAAGCCUACGUUUUCGAGGUCGAACCUACGUACGGCCCAGUCACUGGUGGAAAUCCAGUUCGAGUCGAAGGCACUGGGUUCCGGGAUGAGAGCCCUCCUGGGGAGGGAUCAGAGGAGAUGGUGCUGUGCCGGUUCGGGGAUCAGGAAGUCGGCGCAACUGUGCAUGCGGCUGGAUUGAUGUCGUGUCGGGCCCCUCCGAUGCCCUCGGUACCCGAGCAACAAGACGUUGAGGUUUGGACUCUAGCUUGGGCCCCCGAAAUCCAAACAAUCUCGGUGGUGGCGGACGCUCCCUCCCGCGAGGUCUUCAACAUCACCACGGGGAGCGAUGCGGUGCAACCCGAGGUGCAGCUGGUGACAGUCUCGUAUGACGACGUGGAUGAAGUCCAGAUGAUCAAGACAUCGCAGGAUCUUCUUGCGCCGGCGGAGGUGACCGUUUCUCUAUCCGUCGAGACGUCGCAAUCGGAGAUACAGGAGUUGCGGCUGAGCGCGGAAUACCGGCGUGAAGUCCAGUCAAUCGUCGUGAAAGCUUUCGCCGAAAACGGGUUGGCGUCCACCCCGGCUUCAGAGGUUGCCGAGAAGCAGCUUGUAACGGUUGAGGGCGACGGAACAGGCGGUGGGACGUUCUCGCUCGAGUUCGAGGGCGGGGUUGCAUCUUCCCUCCCCUUCUCGUCGGGAGCCGCGGUUGUUCAGGCCUCCAUCGAGACCAACCUCAUAGGACCUACCGGAAGCCUUGGAAGUUCUUCCGUCUCUCUGGAAGAAGCGACGCCCACGAGGCGGUCCUACCUGGUGAAGUUCCCUAGCGAUCUUGGGGACGUGGCUAUGAUCGUCGGGUACGGCGACGUCGGCAGCGUGGUGUCGUCCGUUAUCGUCACGGAGGAGACCCGUGGGAGCGUCCAGGAGAUCCAGCGGGUCUACCAGAGCGGGCAGGCGUCCGGAGGAACUUUCACGCUCUCCCUUCUGGGUGAAAGUACGCCUGACAUUGCUCACAACGCGACAUCCGAUGAGGUACGAGUCGCCCUCGAGGCGAUCUCUUUGGUGGGAGACGUUUCAGUUUCGAAAGGCAACUCGAGCAGCGUGCCAGAGUGGACCGUGACUUUCCUAAACAGCGCCGGAGAUCUCCCGGUGCUUGCCGUAGACAGCUCCGCCAUGUGGGGCGGUGUGACCGUCGCCGUGGACGAAGAACGUAGUGGGACGUCCGAGGGGGUCUCCGGUUCGUUUGCCCUGAGGGUGGCUGGGAAUGACACGGACAACGUGGUGGUUGCCCAUGAUGCUUCGACUGUGGAGCUCAAGAACGCCCUGGAGUCGCUCUCCACGAUGCCCGACGCCUUGGACGUAACUCGGUUCGAGUUCCUAAACGGAGGUUCGCUGUGGACAGUGACGUUCCCAGCGGAAAGCGGGGACGUCCCUUCCCUAGCCAUCAACGCGUCCGGUCUAUCCGGUACGGGAUUGCUCGCAGCUGUAUCCGAGGACACCGCCGGCAGCAGCCUGGGGGGAUCGUUCUAUCUUUAUUCCAACGGCGGUUCAAGUGCAGGCUAUCCGGUCGAUGCCCAAGGUGCCUACCUCGGGGUGGCAGACAGGGAAAACAACGGCACGGGGAGAAGCCAGCGUCUGGCUUGGAACGCAGAAUCGGAUGACGUAAGGGUAGCGGUGGAGGAGCUGCUCCCUCUCUACACAGCUGCAGGUGAUAUCUCAGUCAGCCGUACCAACUCCUCCAAUACCACUUCGCUCUGGGACGGCAACGACGGGGGUGGAGGCGGGUAUACAUGGACGAUCACGUUUCCGGUCUCUGCAAGGGAUGCCCCUGAGCUCGGCUUCGACGGUGCCGCUCUGGAGGGAAAGGGUGCAGCGGGGAAUAUCGUCGAAACGCGGAUGGCCCGGGCGCCGGAGAUCCAGCGAUUGUCGACGCUGGCUGGUUCCGAGGUUUACGGGGGGUUUUCGCUCAUGUUUGCGGAGACGGAAACAGAUCAGCUGCCGUUCAACGCCACGGCAGACGAGGUCGAGAGCGCCUUGAGAGCGCUGCCGGGUCUCGCCAACGUAACGGUAACUCGCAGCGAGCCGAAAGGUCUGUCUUACUACCCGGCCGACCACGCCGCCACGCUCUGGUACGCCUCCUCUCAGCUCUCCAAGAGCAUCGACGUGCAAACAUUUGAUUGGGAUGUCAUCUUCGAAGGGUUGGCAGGGCCCCAGCCCUUGUUACAGGCCUGCUGCGGUGAGAAGGAGUUUGGCGACAAACGUAGCAUCGGAGACACACCUGCCGCAACUCUGAAGUCCAAGUACACGGGCGACGCCUCCAUCGGAGUCUUCCGCCUGUCCCCUGGCACCGGAGAACGCCUCGGCGGAACUUGGUACCUGUCCCUCGAUGGCGAAGCCAGCACGCGCAUCGACGCCGGGGCGAGCGCGGAGGAAGUGUCGGCGGCGGUGAACAACAUAACCGCCGCGGGCAACGUUACCGUCACCGAGAGUACAGAAGUAGAAGGCUACAAUGGAGAGCGUUCCUGGGUUGUGACGUUUUUGGACUGGAAUGAUCCUAACAGUACGGCAACUCCUCCGGUUGUGACGGUUGGCGAUGAGGGUCUCACUGGGACCGGGGCUGCGGCAACUUUGGAGGCUGCGGCUGCUGGUGCGUCCUCCACAACAGUUGGAAGCAAUGGGCAGCUCGAGAUGUCGCACCUGUGCGGCAAAGCGGUGGUACAGCUAUCCUCCCUCUUGUCCUCCGGGUACAUCGACGAGUGCGUUGUCGUUGCCGCUUGGCAGGGGGGAACAUCCUACGCAGUGCCCUCCUUUUCGUUCGACGCGAAUGCCACGUCGGUGGAGACAGCCCUUGGGGGCGUGGAUUCAACCGCGCUCGGACAAGUGUGGGUAUCCAGCGAAGAAGGCGCAUCAGCUAGCGGGGGAGGCGUGUGGAAUGUAACCUUCGUUGGAAACUCGGAAGGUCGGACCCCGGAGCUCCAGUGCGCGUCAGACGCCGAUGCCCAGCAGGUCUCGGAGUCUUCUUGCGAAGCUAUUGGCGGGUCCUUUUCGCUAGGCUUCGGUGGAAAUACCACACAAGAAAUCGCGUUCAACGCUUCAGCGCUAGAGGUCCAAGCGGCCCUCGAGGGCCUGCCGGCCGUAGACAACGUCACCGUCACGGCCACCGACAGCGGCCCAAACGGAGGACGGGAAUGGCGCGUAGUUUUUUCCGGCAGCGAGCUGGAAGGAAACCUGCCUCUUAUGAUAGUCGACACGGCCGGACUCACGGGGGUCGGGGUGCAUGCCGAAGUAGCAGAGAUAACCUCAGGAAACGAGCCCACCGGCCGGUUCAUGCUGCAAGCUGAUACCGCGCCCAGGGGAUGGCCCGAGCACCGGUCGGGAUGGAUAUCCGUAGGGUCUACGGCAGCCGAGGUGGAGCUGGCCGCCGCUAAAAUCCCCUGGGUUCGAGCGGUGGACGUUUCCGUGAACGCCUCCUUGCCGACGGUUGGCCCGAUCGCUUGGGAGAUCACGUUUCCUCACCGCCAGCUGGAAGAAACGCCCGUGGAAGACGACGACGAGCUUCCUGGCUCCGGUUACUAUGUCGCCACCGGACAAUCCGGUGAUCGUCCACCGCUGCGGGCCGUGAGAGCGCAGUUGGCGGGUAGCGGCGCAGCAGCGGACGUAGAGACUAUUCACGAAGGAGAACGGGUCCUCGGCGGGAGCUACGAAGUCUAUCUCGGAGGGGGUCCGGACAACGCGACCACCACCGUCCGUGCCGCCGCGUCGGCGACCGACUUAAGGGUUGCCCUUGUGGAGGAUCUCGGGUUGCCGGAGAGCACCGACGUCGUUCGCGUCGGUCCGCUCGAUGAUAGUCUCGCCUACACGUGGACGGUGACGCUUCCGGAGGGCACCAGCUUGUGGGGUAGUAACGCCAGCGUCGUGGGAGAGCUUACCGUUAACGCUUCCCAUCUCUCUGGGCAGGGAGAAACGUUCGCGGAGGCUCUUCUUGUGCGGGCGGGAGCCGCCCCUCUCGGUGGGGAGUUCAACGGAAAUUCUGGCAACGACGGAAGCGUUAUCGUUACCGGUAAGAGGUGGAGCGUGACUUUCUCGGCCUUGGCCGCCGCGGGAGACGUCCCGGCCAUCGGCGUCAACUGGUCGUCAAGUUCUUUGACGGGUGCGGGGGUCGGCGUGUACGUCAACGAAACGUCGAAAGGGGUGACCGCGGACGUGCAAGGGGUGACGAUCGACGGUUACAGCGGAACCUUCGCGUUCGUCUUCGCCGACGCAACCAACAACGCCUCCACUUCCAACUCCACCUCUUCGCCCGUGCGGUGGAAUGCCUCGUCGUCAGACCUUGCGGAAGCCCUGCUGGAAGCUACCGGGAAACGAGUCUACGUGGAGCGCACGACCGUCACGUCCCCGACAAGUUCUGCUACUAGCGGGGGUUUCACCUGGUUGGUUCUGUUUGCAGAGGCGCUCAGCGAAACAUGGCACAAGAUUAGCCUUAACACGACGAACCUUUUGCCUGAUGAUGCCGUGCUGGCCGGAGCUUCACGUCAGGCCAACCUUUCGUCGGUGAGGAACUCCACGGCAGACGGCGUCGGCGGCGGAUUUUUGCUAAGGUUCGGGCAGAGCUGCGACGAGCGCGCAGCCGGUGUCUACUGCUCGGUGGCCUCAACUCACCUGCUCAGCUUCGAUUCAUCCCCUGGUGACGUCAGAGGCGCACUGGAGGCUCUGCCCGCCGUCAUCGAUGCAGCCGUCACCACGACGACCGGAAGCGAUGACGACGGCAGCAGCAUUCUAUGGAAGGCCGGGAUCGGGAAAACAGCUCCUGACGGUUUCGGGGUUUCCUCAUCGCUGGCCAGAUUCCGCGUGACCCUUUCGGCGGUCGCUUUCAACGCGUCCGACUCGGAGCUAGCGGAGUACUGGCGGCGUACGUGGGCGCCGGAGCACUCGGCGACGGAGUGGAGCGGGGACUUCGCCACCACGGACCUUCCCCUCGUGGGUGUCGACGUGACCGGACUGGUCGGCUCGCACGCCGCGGGACACGCGAAAGAGGUCACGAAAGGGCUCUCCACUGAGGUUGGAGGCGUCGUCGCGCUUGAGGUGUCUCAAAACGCAGGGCGAGACUACACGGCGAGCGGCGUAACGUACGUCUACGAGGCUUUGGUGUCCGUAAGCGCGCUUUUGCCGGACCAUGGGCCUAUCUUCGGUGGGACAGAGGUGCUUGUCCUCGGGGAAAACUUCCGGCAAUCCAGCCGCCUCGCUUGCCAGUUCGGUCCUUCGGGGGUAGACCCACGGGUCACCGUCCCCGCCACCUUCCUCAACACGUCGGCAUUGUUGUGCCUCUCUCCGGCGAGACUAACGCCACCGGCCCACCCGGUCGGCGCCGCGGCGGCAGUCGAGGUGACGAACAAUGCCGCCGUCGGAGGGGGUGCUGCGCCUUGGUCUACGUUCUCACGAUCAGGCGUUUAUUUCCGGUACGAGGCAACCCCGGAGAUCGGGAGCGUGGUGCCUCACCUUGGUCCGGCUUCGGGAAAUUUCAGCGUUCGUGUGGCGGGCGGGCCUUUCCCGGACACGCCGGAGCUAAGGUGUCGCUUCGCGGGAGUAGUUGUCCUGGCGACCAGGCUGUCCCCGUCAGAGGUCCAGUGCUAUGCACCGCCGAUGGAGGCUGGGACGUACCCCCUGGAGCUCUCGCUCAACAACCAGGACUACACUGGACGACGGUUCCCGUUUUUGUACUUCGAUGACCAGGCGCUGGCAAGAAUAACGCCGGUAUCGGGGCCGGCCGAAGCGGCGGGAACAGCGGUGACCUUCUACGGCCGCGGUUUCGUCAACACAACCAAGUUAGCGUGCCGUUUCGGACUCGCUCCGCCCGUUCCUGCCAAGUUUGUGAACCCCAACGAACUUUUUUGCGAGUCGCCACCCCUCGUGUCAGCGGUAAAUCAGGACAGCGACGACGGUGGGAGCGGGCUACGGUGGUCGUCUUUGAGCGAAAUCUGGCAGCGAGAAUAUGAGCCUUUGACGGGGUCUCGGCAGCUGUUCCCGGGCUCUCACUAUCACCCACUGUUUCCCCAACGGGCCGUUGGAGUGGAGGUCACAUGCAAUGGCCAAGACUACACGGACAGCGGGGCCACUUUCCUCUACCAGGCGGACGCCUCCGUCCACAAUAUCUCCCUCGCCGCCGGCCUUGACCCAGGGGGUUCUGCCCUCUUCAUCACCGGCGAGAACUUCGUCAACUCCACCUCGCUGUCCUGCCGAAUCGGCGGCUCAAACACUCCCGGGACCUUCCUAUCAGCCAGCAUCGUUCUGUGCUUCGUUCCGCGCGCCGCCUCGGCUUCGAUACGUGGCUCUUCCGCAGAAUCGGCUGCCGCUGUUUUCGAGACCGCGCAUGCCGGGAAAGUGGAAGAGAAUAGCGGUUAUAACCGCGAAACUAACCGCGGGUUCGGUCCCCGGGAAGGCGACGAUGGAUCAUCCCCGGACUCGUGGCUUGGGCCCCUGGACGGCGGCGGGGACUCGUUCUACGUAGAGGUGUCCAACAACGGCCUUGACUACACCGCGGAUCGGGUUAUUUACACGGUGGAGCAAGCGUGCCCUGGAGGCAGCUUCUGCGUAGGGCCCAGUGCUGCGUCCAUUCUUGCUUGCCCCCAGGGAGCCUUCUGCCCCGGAGACUCGAACAAGAAUUUCACCCUGUGUCCGCUCGGGACUUACCAGCCCAGCCGCGGCAGAAGUGCGUGCUUGCGCUGUCCGGUGGGUUUCCAUUGCCCGGACGAAGGCAUGCCUGUGCCCCGCGUGUGCCCCGCGGGUCGCGUGUGCGACGUGACCGGGGUUGCGAGGGCGGACCAGCCUUGUCCUGAGGGCCACUUUUGCCUGGAGGGGACGGCAACUACGGCAACAACCUGUGGCCACCCAAGCCCAAGUUCGCGUUUGUUCCCGACUGCAAGUCAUGCGGAGACAACAUCCACGCUGCGGCCGGGAUAUGAACCCCUCGGAAGCGAGCUUGUUCUUGGAUCUAGGGCAGUCGCGUGCUGGAAUAACGCCACAGAAGACUUUGGGCUGCAGAUGUCGGACAUGCCUGCGAGAUUCUGGAUGGAAGCGCACACUAGGCCACUCUCCUACGAUUCUCCCUUUGCGCCCCUACGGGGCCGAUACUGCCUGGACAGCACGUGCGCGAAACUGGACGACGCGAACGACUACAGAGUCGUCGACUCGUCCGGUUUCGACUACGCCUCUUUCCGCCUUCGCCGUCCCGUCCCGUGCCCGGCGGGUACGUACUGUCACCCGGGAUCUGCGUCCGACGACCUCGGGAUGCACAACUUUACCAUGCCGCAGCCCUGCCUGGAGAGCAUGUUUUGUCCCGAGGGAAGCUCGAGACCGUCUGGGGUGGGCGAAUGCCCGUCCGGGUUCUACUGCCCUACGGGGAUCCGUCUGUCGUGUCCCGUGGGAACGUACUGCCCGCGCGAGGGUCACUGGGACCCCAUGCCCUGCCCGCCAGGCCAGUUCAGCGCGAUGGUGGGGCAGAAGGCGUGCACGUCUUGCCCGAGGGGCUACAUCUGCCCCGGGUUUGGCAGGAUUGACCCCACGCCGUGUCCGGCCGGGAUGGUGUGCAGCAGGGUUCUGCUUACCUCACCUAAUCAGCGGUGUCCUCCCGGUUUCUACUGCCCUCAAGGGACCGUGACCUCCGACCCUUUCCGAAACGACACAACGUUACGCCCAUACCCCUGCUCUCCGGGUUCGUACUGCUUGGGCGGGGUCGGCUAUUCCGAGGUCCGUUCUGGCGACUACCUGUACGCCCAGACGUGCCCAGCUGGUUUCUUCUGCGAGACAGCAAGCACCGGGCCAACAGGGAGCGGGCUGUGUCCCAGGGGAUUCUACUGUCCAGCGGGCACGGCCGUGCCCAUCCCUAGCCCGAAAGGGUAUUUCAGCGACCUGGAAGGGAUGGUAUCGGCAUCGGCCUGUCUGCCUGGGUUCUACUCGCCGACAAUCGAGUCCGAGGAGUGCUAUCCUUGCCCGCCUGGAACAACCUGCGCGGAGGACGGAACUUCUGUUGCCGAUAUUUGUUCGCCCGGGACAUACCGUUCAACGCUGGACGAGGAUGGAACUCCCUGCGCAGCAUGCCCUCAAGGGACGUGGUCUAAGAACUGGGAACUCAGGGAGGCUGGAGAGUGCCAGUGGUGUCCAACCGGAGUGGUGUGCUCGGUUGAGGGCAUGGUCAACCCCUGCUCCAAAGACGACCUGCCGACUCCCUUCGAGCCCGUCGUUAGCGUCAACGACAUCCCCAUGCUGGAGUACCUGUACAGCGAGUUUGCGAGGCCGGCGUACUUCAGCGGGUAUGAGUGCCUGCACCUCAACGAUGGCUACGCGGAUGGAACGUUGGACCCGGUCGACCAGGAGUACUUCUUCGGAGAGCUGAUACCGCCAUACAUCGACAAGCUCGGCCGAGGGGCGCACCUACGGCCCACGGAUUCGGACAACACACUGUACCAGUCAGAGGCAAAGUGCUACCGUAACCUGCAGGCCCUCGGAAGCAAGGUUUAUCAGCACAUGCAGCACUACUACGGGCCGCAGUACGAUAUCCAGACGGGCGUUCAUCACCAGGGGUACGGGGACGAGGACUCCUACGACGGUUUCUGGGGCAAGGGCAGCCUUUACAUCGACCUGCCGCGAUCAAGGGUGUACGACGCGAGCUUCAACUGCACCCCAGGGUUCCAGCUGAUGAACAAUGACAGCGUCAGCGCCACGUACGACGACGAGACCAUGGUGUACACAGACCCGGAUCACGACCCUGAGGGACAACGAUUCAUCAACUUGGUCAGCGAUACGUGGUACCCGGGCACGUGUGAGGCCGAUAUCAUCUGCGAUGUGUCGGGCAGCACCGAGGCAGAAGCCUGCCCAGAAGGGUACGUGUGCGAGGAGUCCUCCAACUCCGAGGAGAGCGUGCAUCACCCCUGCAGAGAGGGCUACGUGUGUGACUUCGGCACCACGCCGGAUCCGGAUCUCGAGGCCCCCGAAGGGCAGUUCACUCAGCUUUGCCCGGUUGGCUUCGUGUGCACGGACGCAACAGGCCUAGGACAGGCCUAUCGACAGGUUUGCUACGAGAAUUACUUUUGCCCCACGGGGACGGGGGACCCGCGCACGGGUCAGAUGGCCGACGACGCGGUGAACAGGGGCCUGACGGCGGAACAAGUCAACCCCUUCCUGAACGUGGACACCCUAAAGUACCUCGGAGACGAAGAUGUGCGCAUGGUCAGCGCCCACGACCUCCGCUGCCUGGCCGGCAGCGACACGGGCCACAAGGAACGCUACUACACCCGCUGGCUGGGCGAGAACACAGACCCGCCGAACAGCCUCACGGUGGACUACCUGCGCGUGGCACGCGAAGGAAAGCCUCCUUACACGAACGAUACGUCCCUUACGUCGAGCUCGGCCGUGCGCGACCGAGCGGGCGCCGGAGGGCUGGACGAUGCGGGCACCUACCUGGACGUGGAGGGAUACGUGCGGCCGUCCGUUAUAAACGAGGCCAUUGCCAUGGACUUGUCGUGCGCGCGUGAUCACAAGUGGAGGCUCGUUAGCAUGGCCAUCGAGCGGCAGGAGUGCAAUUGCGUGAAUCAGAUCUACGUCAUUGCCGGGGUGUACCGGCUAUGGCGGUGCUCGGGAGGAGAGCUGGACGAUCUCGGUAUCGCCAGCAUCCACGAAGAGUACAACGGCGGACGAGACUUUUGGUUCGAGCGAGAACAUCUUAGCUCCAAGGUUUGCGAGUUUCAGGGGGCGUCCACCGAUGGUGAUGGCAACAACGCGGGAUUAGGGCUGAACCUCACCUACGGAGCUAUUCCGUACGACCCUGAUGUGUCGUCUGUUUGGGAGCUCUCGGCUGGCGCACUCUAUCUCAACACAUCAGUGGGGCUAAGAGCGCAGUUCACGUGGACAGAGUCUCGGGAUUUCUUGACCUACGAAAACUUGAAGCGGGCGGUGGAAAGCGAGUACGAAAGCGAGUACGAGCAGAGAGUCGCCGGCAGUCGAGACGCGAUGGAUCCGUACGUGUAUGACCUGUACCAGGCCGUGCGCUACGUUGAAGAGUUCGGGGAGAGACUGGAGGAUCUGGUGUGGAUCGACGAAGAAGGUCUUCCAGGGAGACUAGACAUGUGUGAGUGCGAACGACUCCUCCACUGUCCGAACGGGACCAUCUCCGCGGCAGGCAGCGAGAACAUUUACAACUGCGAGGCCGACGGGAGCGUGCUGCGAAGGCUCAACGCCAUCCCUGACCGGUACAUGUUCAGUCCGAACUACUCGGACCACGUCAACAACGGUAGCGCCUUCUCGGAGUUAACGGGGAGGGAUGACUUCACUCUCGGCACCCUGAGACUAGACUCCCUUGAGGUGGCCGUGGUCACGCUCGACCUCUCCGCCCUGUCACGAAACGUCACGUAUGGGCAGCACUAUCAGCUCGCCGUGUACUUGGACUGCAAGCCUUGCCCAACCCGGUACCAGUGCGAAUGGGAGGUAGAGCCUCCCACAUGCUCGACCCCAAGCCUGGACCUUCAGAUGGAAGCGUACGAAGACUGCCUCCAGAAAUAUUUCGUGACAACGUGCUUCGACAACAACGGCACAACGGUUGGAUGUGGCAGCGAAGAAUCCAUUGACUCGUUCGAGAUGCCAGACUGGUACCGCUGCCGGCAGAUUCCCGCCUUCUGCGACGACACGGAGUGGCCGGUUCUCGAAUGGCAGAUGCUCUUCGAUCAGAGUGGAAAUCCGUUGAGCGGGAACGCUCAAGAAGAUUCGUGGUUCUACACCCCAGAAGACCGAGAAGGAGAGGUCUACGAGACCACCCCAGGAUGCUGCCAGUGCGAGUCGCAUAGCUUGCCGCCGUACUUCGAUGACACAUCUGCGGACCAGGGUUAUCCUGAUACGAAGCACAAUUUGAUUAGCUUCUCUCUGACGGCUCUCAAGGAGGUGGAGAUCACGGCUGCCCUCGAGCUGCUUCACGGAAUGUACUAUUCUGACUUCGACAACAUGAUGGAAAACAUCGGAGAGCUCUUCAUCUUCACCCCCGCGAGAUCGGACUAUAAGCCCCUGGAACCGUCGCGAAAGUCCUUCUUCUUUCUGCUCGCCAAGGAUGACUUCACGGACUUGCAGCUCCCGUUCAACCUUCCAAAAGAACACGUGCGCGUGGCGGCGUCGCUCCCCUCGGUGACGGAGGCAGUCUUCGAAAACAAGGUGUUCAUCGACCGGGCCUAUGACAUUGACGUCGCGGACCCUUCAUACUACACCAAGUACGCGAGGUACCUGAAUCAGGAGGCCUUCCUUGCAAACGACAACGCCACAAUCCCCGACUACGACAUCAUUCCGGAGCGCGAGGUUGUCCGACCGGAUUAUGACGAUGUCUUCGAAGACUCGAACUGGUGGGCCUCCGGAGACGACUCCGGCGCGAACACCUUCCUCACCACGCCGUACUUUCCAUUCCUGAGCUCGUGCGCUGGCUACGGAAACCACAUGAGUUUCUCCAAGCUCGUGGAGUCGCAUCCGGGAUGCACGCUGAUUCCGUACGAGCAAACAAAGGCAAUCAACCAGUGGCGAAGCAUCGGCAAGUCUCCAUUUUCGGAUGAGUGCCUUGUGCAGCUUACUUCCGAAGAGCGGUACGACGAUGACGGCAACUUGCUCAUCGCCGAAGAGACUAGGGGCGUCUACCUGGACUGCACGUACGAAGAGGACAUCUCUAUGGCCUCGGCACAGAGAAGGUGGUUCGAAGCUGACGCCGGCACGACUCUCUUCCACGUGACGAAGGAUCCCUUAGACCCGGCGGACUUCGAGGAGACCGUUGACAGCAACGGAGACAUGGUCACUGGUUGGGGGCGGAGUUCAACUUUGGAGAGCUUGUUGGGAACCUACCGUUACGUGCCAGUAGAGGUUUCCGAGGACUAUCCCGGAGAAAAACACACCAAGCCUCAAAACGUUAAGUUGACGAUCAACUACUUCCAGAGGCAGCGCGGGACGAAGCGGAUGGUCGACAUGUUUUUCGAGUUCACCGAGCUCUGUACUACCAUCCCCCCGCUGGAGUACGGCGGAAACGAAGUUCUCCUCGAAACCUUUGCCGCCAAGUCGAUCGAGCCUUGCGAGGUGGACAUCAAUGGCGAUCUGAAGGACUAUGGGUACACCCUGGAAGUGCAGUAUGUGGCGCUUACAUGGAUGGAUCUGGUCAAUUUCUUCGAGUUCGACUGGAUGCUCUACAUGGUUCUUUUCAUGGCGGUCGGUAUUAUUGCGGUUACGGAGGCGAUUAUCGUGUGGGGUAUCAACCGCCUCCUCACCAAGCUCCGACACCCGCCGAAAUUCCACGGAUCGGUGUUGUUCCACAUCGUGUCGGAGGCACCGACGCAAGGGGUGCUACUAGCUUUCGUCCCAGCGCUGCUCACCGUAGCGUUCGUAUGGUGCUGGUUUGCGGAGAACAGUUUCCUGGCGUCUUCGGACCCUGUGACCACGCCUUCGGCUUUCAACUUCGAAGGAAUAACCGGGAGCUGGCAAGACAAUCUUGCUCUUACGACGGACCGCGUCCUGACCUACCGCACCGGCCGGAUCGGAGUGUGCCUGAUAGCCUCCAUGAUCUAUAUUGCUCUCAUCUCCGUCGAGCUGUUCGUGCCGGACUGGUCAGAGGAGAACAAGGCGGAGGCCGAAGCCAACGUGGCCAAGGACAUCUACUACAACGACGAAGACGACGAUCAACUACCAAAAUCUCCGGUCUUCGCGCCUAUGCAGUGGAAGCGUGCCCACCUGCUGUGGGCAUCGCUUGUCAUGCAGGGUCUCCUGGUGGGCAUCUGGGAGUUCUCGUACUCCAACACCUUUGCCACAUACGUGUACCAGUUCAUCGUGGGUUUCAAGAUCGCUCAGAUGUUUAUGGACCUCGUGCUUGAGGGUCUCCUGCGGGAGCUUCUCAUGGUGGCACCCCUCCUCGUGGUAGUUGGAAUCACGGAACAACUUGUCACGAUGGGUGCCGAAGAUUUCAAGGACUUCGUGGUUUCAUUCUUUGUGGAGCUAUCGGUGAUGAUGCUCGAGAGGCUCUACCUCGACCCCGGUACUAAGGAGCAAUCAGCAUUGUGCACCCUUGUGUGCAUUCGCUACGGAAAACGAGUGUACCAGAUGUCAAAGCUGUACCCAAGAUGGCGAAUGAUGUGGAAGAGGCGCUUCUCCCGCCGUCGGCGAAUGACCCGAGAAGAUAAGGCAAAAGAGGAGAUGGCCUGGCGCAAGAUCAAUGAGGAUAUAGAGCUGGAGCGGGAAGGCGUGGAGCCCCUCUUGGACUCCUAUUUCGUGUAUUCAACCGAGGUCCUGGGCAUGUUCAUCAUGCCUGGCGUGAUCUUCUUGAUCAUGGUCUUCAGCCAGCAGACCAAGAUGGCCGAGCUGUACGGCAUCCGCGACAACGAGAUGGGCUACUACCUUGCCUUCGCCUUGGUGAUCAUCCCGUUCUCGCUCAUCAUGGACGUGUUCGUGCUCAACACGCAGGAGCUUGUACACGGGUGGCGAGUGUACGACUACAUCGCGUACCAGAAGUACCGCUUCAGCGUUCGGCAACACCGCUGGAUGAUGCGAAACGAAACCCUCGACGAGUCCAUCGCGGAACCCAUGCAGACCCUGGACUUGCUGUGCUUCAGCUCGCAGUUCUAUUUCAUCAACGCGCUGUUCGCCGUGGGGAUGGUACUGGGGCUAAUGGGGCUCACGAUAUUCUUGCGUUGGGAGUACAGCCUCUUCGGCGACCCUGUCGGGCCACUCAUCUUCGCCGUUAUGUUCCUGUUCGGAGACCUCGUGCAGCAGCUGCUCCGGCGGUUAGCAAAUAUCAAGGUGAAAAGGAUGGGAUGGAGAGGCCUGUGGAUGACGAAAAACAUCGAGGGCACCGUUGAUGACGACAUUGCGGCGAAACUCGCCAUCGGAGAGGGUCGACAGGCUAACCUGGAGCAGGAGCGGCUCGAGUUGCAGGCCCUCAACAGCGAGCGUUUCCGGCAUCGCUUCCUCGAGCGAAACCGGCCGUGGAUCUUGCAGCACCUGACAGAUCUACUCACGCCAAGGACACUACAGAACACAGGGCCAGACGGGAGACCAGCUGUGGAGUACGUCCGUGAUGUCUAUGCAGAGCUGAUGGGUAUGGGGGAGGGGGUGCGGAGACCAGGAGACCGGAGCGACAUUUCUUCUGACGAAGAGGACGAAAUGGAGGAACAACGCCGCAACUGGCCUCGAACACCACUCGUCGGAGCCUCCUUGGCGAUCGCUCGGUUGUGGCUUUCCAAGGCUAGGAAGCGCCGGUCGUUCUGGAAGUUCGUUGCCGGCAUCGUGCAAAACAACCAGGCGGAACACUGUGCAAUUUGCGAAUGCGCGGCGGGACAGCAGGGCCGAACCCUCGCAGUGUCCUUAGCUCUGGAGGGCAAGGCCGACGCAUACGCGAUCGACCGCCUCAUCGCAGGUUUCGAGGAGCUGUACGGCGUGGACGAAAUGGAUGCUAACCUGUGGAAGGCAUACUUCCGCGCCAAUGCCGAGUACAUCACGAGGUGCUCCAAGUGCACGGACCGAUUGGAGCAGGAGCGCCUUAAGCGGUUGGCCAGAGCACCGGGAGCAGACCGGGCCACGCGAAUGGACGAUAUUUCCUCAGACGAAGACGAUGACGAGGCGGUAUUUGAUGCCGUAGUCGUGACAAGAACUAGCCCCGAGGGCAGAAUGAUGUCGAAGUGGCUCAAUGCGGCACGCACGAAGCUGGGCGGCGUGCACCUGUUCCCGAAGCCUGAAGCUAAGGCGCAAAUGGAGAGAUACGUUGAGCGCAUGCGAAAGCGAAAGCUGCAAGGCGGCAAGCAGGACAUCGCAGGUACGAAAGAGGAAGACCCGCGUACCAAGGACUGGAUAGUCGAACUCAACGCGGCUUCCAGGGCGCUGGCUGUCCGAUGGCUGCGAGCGGCUCGAGAAGGAUUGGACGGUAAAUUCCGUGCCCGAGGAGAGAAGCUACGUGAAGACGUGCACUCGACGGCCGCCUUGAUGCCGCCAGAGGACGAUUGGUUCUUCGGAGCAGAGCUACGGCUGGAGGGACAGGCGCUGAUGGACGUAGGUCAGUCGAUCGAGGACGACCGGAGGGCCCUGGAGGCGGAAGGGGCGGUUAAGAUCCGCAAGAUAGAGGUGGACUUCGAGCACUUCGAGAAAACGACUCGGGCCGAUAUGGAAAAAGAUCGCAAGGCUUUCGAGCACAAGAUCAACGUGGAGUCGGACGCAGUCAACACCGAAGUGGAGCUGAGGACUCGGGAGCUUCUCCGACUUCGGGACGUGAAGCAGCAAGAGCAAGACGUUGUGGAGACGAGGCUGAAAGAGGACGAAGGAGGAGUACCCUCGGCCGUCGCGGAGGCUCACCGCAAACAGCUAGAAGACAUGGACGACGUCGUGCGCAAGGAACAACAGGCACGAGAGAAGAAGUGGUCCGAAGAGGAGGCCGGUAUGCGGUCCCAGUUCGAGCAACGAGAGGCCCUCACAGAGCAGACCGUGGUCGACCGCAAGGUGCUUGCUAGCAACAAUAUCAUCCGCAUCAACAAGGAGACCAGGCAGAAGAUCAAAGGGACCGAGACCGAGUGGCAGGGCCGAGCCUCCAAGUGGUUAGCCACCGCAAGGAGAAAGGUGGAAUUGAAGCAGACAGAGGAUGCGGAGGACGCCGAACGCGCGAAGCGCAGGCGGUGA